AUGCAGGCACUUAUUCGAGAUGCGCCCAUUGGGCAAAUAGUCCGAUGGGUCAAUCCUCGCCUCCUACCUUACCCAGAGGAGCGCGACAACUUUGAGCUUCCACCCGCCUAUGUGCAGAUGCAGCAUGGCAAGAAACAUGCACCAUCCGCUUCAGUCAGAGCACCCUCGGAGCCCGUAAUAGAAGAGGGCCUACCAACCGAGGAGGUCUGCCCGGAGAUAGAGAAAGACACGGAAGAGAAAGAGUCCUUGGAAGACGAAUCAGUAUCGGACCUCGAGAAGAUCCAGACUGCACGGACAGCACAUACCGCACGCUCGCAGAUCUCGCGUGUAGGCACACGGGAAGCGCUCUCCAAGUCAAACACCCGCGCAGACCUCGAGCAACAAUUCUCGCUUGCGACUGUAGAACGUGGACCCUCACGACCCAUUGAACCGGAGGUUCGCGACGAUGGCACUAUUCUCGUCGAUUGGUAUACCACCGACGAUCCGGAAAAUCCACAGAACUGGAGCUUCGGCAAGAAGGCGCUAGUCUUAUCACAGAUUCUCAUAUACACGAUGGCUGUUUAUAUGGGUAGUGCGAUCUACUCACCCUCGAUCCCAGGAGUCAUGGAGCGCUUUGGCGUCAACUUGCAAACUGCAUCGAUGGGCCUUUCGAUGUACGUUCUUGCCUACGGUAUUGGACCUUUACUCUUCUCGCCGCUUAGUGAGAUCCCGGUCAUUGGUCGCAACCCACCCUACAUCAUCUCGUACGCGAUCUUUGUUAUCCUGCUAGUACCCUCAUCACUAGUCGACAACUUCGCGGGUCUGAUCGUCCUCCGCUUCCUCCAAGGUUUCUUCGGCAGCCCCUGUCUCGCUACCGGCGGUGCAACGCUGCAAGACCUCUACAGCCUGAUCAAGCUCCCCUACGUGCUCAGUCUGUGGGCAUUCGCAGCAACCUGCGGUCCCGCCCUAGGCCCCAUCAUCUCAGGAUUCUCUGUCGCCGCCGAGAAUUGGCACUGGUCGCAGUGGGAAAUGCUCUGGAUGAACGGCCCCGUCUUCCUGUCCCUCUUCUUCCUCCUCCCUGAGACCUCCUCUAACAACAUCCUCCUCCGACGCGCCGCCCGCCUCCGCGCCCUCACCGGCGAUGACCGCCUAAAGUCGCAAUCUGAGAUCGACCAAGCGAAGAUGACUCCUCGCGAUAUCGCCAUCGAAGCCCUUUGGCGCCCCUUUCAGCUCGUCUUGCUCGACCCUAGCGUCGCCUUCACGGCUGUAUACACAGCUCUAAUCUACGGGAUAUUCUACAGCUUCUUCGAGGCGUUUCCACUGGUUUAUGAGGUCAUGUACCACUUUAACCUUGGCGAGACAGGCCUGACCUUCCUCUCCGUCACCGUCGGUGUCGUUCUCUCUAUCGCUGCGUACUGGGCGUACAUCUGGUACAUCGUCGAGCCUGAGAUUCGCGCUUACGGGCUGGGUGCACCAGAGCGAAGGCUCCUUCCCGCACUCAUUGUAACAUGGUUCGUCCCAGUCGGCCUAUUCAUCUUUGGCUGGACCAGCGACCCGAAGAUCCACUGGAUUGUAAGCUGCAUCGGUAUCGUCAUCACGACGAUUGGCAUCUUCCUCAUCAUCCAAUGUAUCUUUUUGUACCUGCCGCUCGUGUACCCGCAGUAUGCUGCGAGUUUGUUUGCGGGCAACGACUUUAUGCGCAGCGCGCUCGCGACUGGUGCUAUUCAUUUCAGCAGCCCGAUGUUCAGGAAUCUGGGCAUUGGGAAGGGCAUUAGUCUCCUAGCGGGACUGACGAUCGGGUGCAGUGCGGGUGUGUACGUGCUGUACUUUUUUGGGCACAAGUUGCGCGCGCGGUCGAGGUUUGCGGCGCAGUAG